AUGAAAACAUGUUCUCCAGUCCUCAACACUGCCAGUGGAAAGCCUUUCAGUGAAACAGCCCUUCCAAUUUGGAGGGAUCACUUCAAGACCUUGCUGAACCGGCAAACGCCGUCGGCUCCUGAACUCGAGCACAUUCAUAGGUCGACAUAUGCAGUUAAAGAGGAACCACCGGCGGAGUCGGAGGCUCUAGUCUGUAUCCAAAAGAUGAAAAAUGGAAUAUCUGGUGGAGACGACGGGAUUAACGCAGAAAUGCUGAAAUAUCUUUCACCAUCUGGGAUUCGUGAAAUGACAAAGAUCAACCGUUCUACAUGGAUAGGCGAAAGGAUACCUGACUCGUGGAGACAUGCUAUCACAAUUCCCCUCCACAAAAAGUUAUCCGUCACGGACCCUAGGAAUUGCUUAGGAAUCUCCUUGCUGCGCGUUAUGUACAAGGUUUUUGAGCGGAUUAUCCUGGACCGUCUCAUUAAACAUCGCGGAGAAACAACGCACGACGAGCAAGCUGGCUUUCGUCCUGGUCGAUCGACGAUUGACCAGUCGAAAUGUGGCAGCGGCCGUCUUCUCAACGCGUUCCGUGCCGGUGGAGUACCAGGAAAGUUCGUUCGCUUGCUUGAUGACAUAAAUCAACGACCAACUGCUGCAGUUCGAACACCAGCCGGAUGUACAACACCGUUUGAGCUGGUAACUAGAGUAAGAGAAGAGGCAGUGGUAAUACCCCUCUUGUUCAAUUUCGCCAUCGACGACAUCAUGCGAAGAACAGUAGAUCAGUGUCCUACCGAUAUCAUUCUAGCGUCAUCAAGACACCCCUUGACCGACCUCGACUACGCUGACGAUGUUGUUAUACUCGGAGCCUGUCGGAUUCAAGCUGGAAGAGGCCACCUGGCCAAAAGCGGAAAUUAUAGGCGGUGGUGGUGA